AUGUUAUACCUCAAAAUAAGGGAGGGUAUCCUUUUGGAUGCAGUUGUGCAGAUGGUUAUCAAACCUGGCUCGCAGCGCUGCGGAAAGCGCGCAGCGCGGCACAGCGCGGCACAGCGCGGCACAGCGCGGCACAGCGCGGCACAGCGCAGCGCCAGGCGUAGCCGCUCCGUUGGCCGGGAAACUCGGCCCCGGGGCGCUUUGUUUUCAGCUGAUAUUCGGGGCCCCCAAAUUGGGCCCGCUGCGCUUUUUGCUGCCCCUAACCCUUUCACCGCUGUCCAGCCAUCCAGCGCUCAGGCCAUCCCAAUUCCACCACUACCACGUCCACCACUACCUCAAGCCACCGAUCUGGCCCAUCGAAUCCCAUCGAGCAACACCAAUUCCCUUCCAUCAAACGACACCAAUUCUUUUGGCGUCAUACUGAUCUAA